AGUGUCUCCAGUACCAGUAGAAGCUCCAGAACUCUCACUUGCUUGCCUGCCUCUGCUGUCUUUGCCCACUGAAUAGCCAUGAGAAGGCAACUCCGGUCCAGAAGGGCUCCAGCCUUUCCUCACAGUUAUCGCUACAGACUUGACGAUCAGGAUGAAGUGAACCAGAACUACUUAGCAGAUGAAGAGGAGGAAGCAGAAGAAGAGGCUCAGGUGAUGGUGGUGCCCAAAUUGGAGGAGGAGAAAGAAGAGGAGAAGAAAGAAGAAGAGGAAGAGGAGGAAAAGGAGGAGGAGGAGGAGGGUCAGGGUCAGUCAACAGGCAAUGCCUUGUGGCAGAAAUUGCAGAUCCUGAACGAAUAUCUGUGGGAUCCGGAGAGAAGGAUGUCUCUGGCCCGAACAGGCCUGAUCUUAGUCAUCUACUUCUUCUUCUAUGCCUCCUUGGCUGCUGUGAUCACCCUCUGCAUGUACACACUGUUUCUGACUAUCAGUCCUUACAUGCCAACCUUCACUGAGCGGGUGAAGCCUCCUGGAGUUAUGAUCAGACCCUUCGCCCAUAGCCUUAACUUCAACUUCAACGUUUCUGAACCUGACACUUGGCAGCAUUAUGUGAUUAGCCUAAAUGGCUUUCUCCAGGGUUAUAACGACAGUCUUCAAGAGGAAAUGAAUGUAGAUUGUCCCCCGGGACAGUAUUUCAUCCAAGAUGGUGAUGAAGAGGAGGACAAGAAGGCCUGUCAAUUUAAGCGUUCCUUCCUGAAGAACUGCUCUGGUCUGGAGGACCCCACUUUUGGAUAUUCUACUGGACAGCCAUGUAUUCUUCUAAAGAUGAACCGGAUUGUAGGCUUUCGUCCCGAGCUUGGAGAUCCUGUGAAGGUUUCCUGCAAAGUUCAGAGAGGUGAUGAGAACAACAUCCGAUCCAUCAACUACUACCCAGAGUCGGCUUCCUUUGACCUCCGCUACUAUCCUUACUAUGGCAAACUGACUCAUGUUAACUACACCUCUCCCUUGGUGGCAAUGCACUUUACAGAUGUCGUGAAGAACCAAGCAGUGCCCGUGCAGUGCCAACUGAAGGGCAAAGGCAUCAUAAAUGAUGUCAUCAAUGAUCGUUUUGUGGGCAGGGUCAUCUUUACCCUGAACAUAGAAACGUAA